UCGACAAUAACCAGGGGCCGGCAGCAUUAGGCGGUCCUUUAGGGCCUUGCCAAAGCUCCGCCUUCGCUUCGGUCUUUCUAGAAAGCCCGCUUUGAUCUCGGCGGUGCGGGACAGCGUCGCAGGCGCGACUUUGUCUCCCAUGGCUGAUACGACCCCGAACGGCCCCCAGGGGGCGGGCGCUGUGCAAUUCAUGAUGGCCAAUAAACUGGACACAGCAAUGUGGCUUUCCCGAUUGUUCACAGUUUACUGCUCGGCUUUGUUUGUUCUACCUCUUCUUGGGUUGCAUGAAGCAGCAAGCUUUUAUCAACGUGCUUUGCUGGCAAAUGCUCUGACCAGUGCUCUGAGACUGCAUCAAAGAUUGCCACACUUCCAGUUAAGCAGAGCAUUCCUGGCCCAGGCUUUGUUAGAGGACAGCUGCCACUACCUGUUGUAUUCGCUCAUCUUCGUCAAUUCUUACCCUGUUACAAUGAGUAUUUUCCCAGUCUUAUUAUUCUCUUUGCUUCAUGCUGCCACAUACACAAAAAAGGUCCUCGAUGCAAAGGGUUCAAAUAGUUUACCUUUACUGAGAGCUGUCUUGGAUAAAUUAAGUGCUAAUCAACAAAAUAUUCUGAAAUUCAUUGCUUGCAAUGAAAUUUUCUUGAUGCCUGCUACAGUUUUUAUGCUUUUUAGCGGCCAAGGAAGUUUGCUGCAGCCUUUUAUAUACUAUAGAUUUCUUACUCUUCGAUACUCCUCUAGAAGAAAUCCAUAUUGUCGGAACUUGUUUAAUGAACUGAGGAUUGUUGUUGAACACAUAAUAAUGAAACCUGCCUGCCCGCUGUUUGUGAGAAGACUUUGCCUCCAGAGCAUUGCCUUUAUCAGCAGACUGGCACCAACAGUUGUGUAGUUUAACAUCUAGUUAAACUAUGUAUAUAAUAUAAGCAUUAUUAGCAGCUGGUACUUCUGCUAGGGGUCAAAAAUUUCAGGUCUUACAGUGACCGCAAUCCAAUUUACAUAAUUUAAAUAAAUGCAUCUCAUUGGAAAAAUAAUUGUUUCCCUGGCAUGUUAAAUCAAGCCUUUUUAAUAAAAGUUUCUGAAAAUUUUACUGUGCUCUGUUGCUAAUGGAUAAGGAAGUUUGUAUCUAGUGGUAAAUAUACCAGAUUUUUUAGAUGCUGCUAUGCCUGUAUCAUGAAAUACAUUUAUUUCUUGUAAAGCUAGUUUUGAAAUUUGUUUCACCCUAAUUAAUAAUCUGAGUUUAUAUCUAGCAUGAGUUCAGAAUGGUAAUAACAUGUGAAUUCAGUAUAUUUUGAGACAGUAUUCUUUUGCCAUUCAGUAAUUUUGGUUGAUGAUUUUAACAAAUUCUCACCAAUUUUAUUUCAAAUGGUUUUUGAUUCUGUGCUGCCUUGCUAGGACAGCUGUUAGGGCUCACAUAAAUAUUUUAUAUCAGAAGGUAGUAGUGACACAGCUUCCCUUUUAGAGACUCAUUGAGUAACAUUUAUCAAAUAGAAAAUCCUUUUACAAAUGUGAACAGAUAGGUUUUAGUAUAAUUAUGGUUUGAAGAGUUAUCAAAUUCAGAUUCUUGAUUCUGUAGUUUUUUGGUCUCUCAGGCUUGAAUUUUCGUAGACAGUUGCAGCAGUUGAGAUGCCAUGUGAAAAGAAUGUAAUUGAAGAUUGAGAAUAUAUAACUAUACUCAUGUGUGUUCUGAAAUAGUAAAGAUAUCCUAUAAAUUUCAUAUUUUCCAUCAAAUUUGGUUUAAAAGGUUAAAUGGAAAGGUUUAUAGGUAUGGCAAUUCAUUGAGAGUAUGGUUGAGGGAGGACUUACGGCAUAGUGUGGAUUUCAAUUUCAUAGUACUCUGAUUGGGGGAAUUGGAUAUAUUAUAAAACUGUGACUUGGGUUGUAUAAUGUGUUGAAUCCUAUUCGUUCAGCUCCCAUCAACUGCUUUAUAAAAUUUACUCUGAUCCUUACUACUAUUGCAUGAUUGGAAAUGUUUAAAACAUUGCACAAUUUUAGAUUAAUGAAAUGGUUUUUGUAACCAGUUUUCUUCUGUCUGCAUGUAAUUUGGAUUUGUCGGAUACAUUCUUUAGUGACUUAUCAGUAACAUUUUUUCCUUUUGUUUAACUUCCUAAUUUAUAGAAAGGUGAUAUUUCUAGGAUAGAUUACCAGAAUAAUUCUACUUGGUAGCUUAACUACAACUAUUUUUGUAUUUUUGUAAUGUUUAUCCACUAAAUUGGAGAAGCAACCUCAGUACACAGUUGAUUUUGUAUGUGUAUGUGUGGCUAGCCUUACUACUUUUUAUGUAAUCAGUGGUUUUAAGUAAACUUUUUAGAGCAAUAAAGUGACUAUAAUAUUCAGUAAACAUACUGAUUUCUAAUGAUGUUUUAAAAUAUUAUCUUAAAUUACAUCAAAUUUUGGCAGCUGAAGGCACAUUCUGAAGGGUUUUUUGUACAGUUUUUUUUUUUUUUUAAUCUGGAGAUAAUUUUACUUAUAGAAGAGUUUCAAAAAUAGUGCCAAAAGUUCCUGUAUAACUUUUACUCAGCUUCCUAUUAUGUUAAUAUCUUACAUAACUGAUAGAACAUUGGUCCAAAGGAAGAAAUUAACUGUGGGACAAUACUGCUAACUCAAGUACAAAACUUAUUUGGAUUUCCCCAGUUUUUCUGUUUCUUGUGUAUAUGUAGCCUGUUUUCAAGUUGAUUACCUUUUACUUUUAAAGCCCUUAAGUGUACCUAUGUUUCACGUUUUUCUUCCUUAUUUUUAAAGUUACUACUGGUCAAAAGAGUUCCCUAAAGUAAAUAUUCCAUGUUUGUUUUAAAAUAAUUUUAACUUUAAAACUACUACAAUUUCAAAUACUUUGUGAUUUAAUUAAGUCUUUUUAAUCAUAUAGCAGAAUUUAAUACUUCUGAUAUGCUCAUAUUUGAAUGAAAAUACAGAUUUAUUCCUUACUGGAAUGCUUACUAUAUAGUACUCUUCAACCACAAAAAGGUAAAUUUUACAAUUUGAGCAUGAUUAGAUGUUUAGUUGGCAUGAAAUUAGUAGUUAGAAACUCUGCAUUGUGAAUAUUUGCAAGUGGCUGAUUAGGCAUCCGAUGUUAUAGUAUUACAUGUACCAAAUUAAAAUUAAGGAAAUACAAUAGCAAUAUAUAGAUAGAAUAAAUGUAGUAGGAGAAAUUAGCUCUGUCUGUAUGACUAAGCUUAUUUUUUUCUUACAGGUUUAAAAGGAGUUGAUCUAGCAUCCAGAGUAUCUAAUUCUUUAGGAAAUGGUAUAGUGCAGUGGUGGUGAGCCUGUGGCGUGCAUGCCACAGCAAGCUGUCUGUAUCAAAGCUCUGAAAGGCUUGCCACCACUGACACAGUGCAUAACCUCUUGCACAGUUGGAAAGUUCAUACAAACGUCAUAUUUAACAUGAUUCUAAAGAGAAAUUUCUUCAGUAUAAUUUGUAUUUAAAUUUCUUGGUAUAAAAUUUGCCAAGGUAUUUGCUUCUGUGAAACAAGGAAUCUUUUUUAAAAAUUGCAUUUGGAUAUUUCAGACUAUCCCGUACAAGCCAAGCAUGGUAACACACACCUGUUAUCCUAGCACUCUGGGAGGCUGAGGCAGAAAGAUUACAAAUUUCAGCCCAAUCUGAGUAGCAUAGCAAGACCAUGUUUUAAAAUUUUAAAAAAACAGACAGGAGAUGUAGCUUGGUAAAAGGGCCUGAGUUCAAAUCUCCAGUACCACACCAAAAAAAAAAAAAAAAAA